GGCCACCUCCAUACGUGGUUGACGUUAUACUGUUAUACGAUCUGUCAUCUGCCGAAAUAACUGUGUUAGUCAACCCUACGGUUUCUGUGGCCUCUCUAUUCAUCUCAAACCGAAGAUGUACACAUUACUGUCUGGUCUGUGGAAAUACAUGUUCCAAAAAGAUGAAUAUAAUGUUUCAAUUUUGGGACUAGACAAUGCAGGAAAAAGUACAUACUUGGAGCAGACAAAGACAAAGUUUACAAAAAAUUACAAAGGACUCUCCCUGUCUAAAAUCACAACAACAGUGGGUCUAAAUAUUGGAACAAUUGAUAUUGGACAUGUACGUCUGAACUUCUGGGACCUGGGUGGACAGGAGGAAUUACAAUCGCUGUGGGACAAGUAUUAUGCUGAGUCACAUGCUGUCAUAUAUAUCAUUGACUCAUCUGAUCUUGAGAGAAUCGAUGAAUCAAAAGAGGCUUUUGAUAAAAUGGUGAUCAAUGAUGCCUUGAAAGAAGUACCAAUACUUGUUUUAGCCAAUAAACAGGAUUUAGAUGGAUGUAUGCGGGUAAUAGAGGUGAAAAAAGUGUUCAACACUAGUGCUCCACUCAUUGGUCAUAGGGACUGUAAAAUGCUGGGCACUUCAGCUCUAAAAGGUGAUGGUGUACACGAGGGCAUUGAAUGGCUGACAGAAUGUAUCAAAAGAAACACUGUGAACAGACCUCCACUUCAAAAGGAUAUUACUUGAUCUGAUUAUAAGAUUUACAGACUCAAGCCAUACAUGACACUUUCUGUGAUAACGUCUGACUAGACAGAUAUUGGUAUGUGGAGUACGAAAUGGUCCUCGACCAGAUGUUGGAGUUUAUCAGACAAGCUAUAUGAUUCCUGUAUUGGCAUGGUGGGAUAAUUUAUAUUAUAAACAUACGGUUGUUUAUUUAUUUGCCUUCUGGCUUUCUGGUGCUAUUGAGAAAAACCUCGUAACAAAGCAAAGAGCUUUGGUGUGUAAGGAAGAUCUUAAAUCAGAACCAAGUCAAGACAGGUUAAAAUGUAAAGUGCAUGAGCAACAGUGUGUCAACGGGACCAUAUACACAAGUGUUGUAGGUGUGAACAGAACUUGUGAACUGUGUAAUAUCAGUAUGUGUUCUUUGCAUAUGCAUCAAACUUUCCUCUUGAUCUGGCUUCAUUAGGUAUUGAAAUUUUAUUUUGAUUUUCUAAUUAUCUAAACAAUAUGUUUUAUAUGCCCAACAAUGAAAUAACCACAGCAUAAACACAUCCAUGCACCCACCUCUCAAUCAGUUGUAUGCCCAUUUCUUAAUUGAUUUUUGUUGCAAAUUCUGAAUUUUACAUGCCAAUGUCAUUUUUUAUUCAAAUUUCUGACACAUUUAAAAUUUCUCUGGGACCACAAUCUGGCAAGUAUAACAAUUGAUGACAAAAAUCAGGAUAAUUUCAUGUAUAACAGUGAUUUUUGGUGGGAAUAUUUAAGGCAAGACCAGAACUUUGAGGAGUCCCAUUACGAAAAGAAAAAAUGGGUCAUCAAAAUUAGAGUCGUACAAGAAAAUGAUGAGUUCAGGACUCCAAUAUCGGAGUCCCAAAAAUCACUGCAGUGUACAGUCUGUACACAGGAUACCCGAUAUAAAAGUUCCUAUUUCACUUAUGGAUUCCUAAGGUUGUUACAUCUCAUUGUUACCUGUCUAAUGUGAACCUGGAUCACCUUUUGUUUACAGGUUUUGGAAUCAAAAUUAAUGGGAGGAUAGAACCAGUCUUCUUGUUUAUCUAGAUUCAUAUUGUACCAUAAUUUAAACUUAAUGUAUUGAAAUUUAUUAUUUUAUGAUGAUUCAAAGUUACAUCUUCUUGUGUUGAUAUAUUUAAAUGAGAGGUUGCAAUGAUUUUGAAUGAGAAAACACAAAUACCGAUACAUGUAUGUCUACAUUUAAUAGAAAUUUACUUUUGUCCAUUUCUGCCUUUUGUCAAUAACACAAAUAUGAAAUAGCCCCUAAAGUUUUAAGUUAAAGCUAACGUAUUUGUAAUGAACUUUUUAGGACGAUUUUAAACAAGUGAAGACAAAUAUUUUGGUGGGAGGGUAAAAAAACGCUAGGCAAAUAUUUCACUGUAUACAAUAGUAUUUAAUGAUCAUGAACCUGAAAAUUAUGUUUGCAAUACAUUAUUGCCAACUACAUUCAUGUUUUAUUCAUUAGCAUAA